AUGUCCAAAAACAACAAAAAGACUGACAUUUGCCUGGUUGUCUGCUUGUUGCUAUCGGCGGUGUUGGGUGUGGGUGCUUGGAUGUGGCUACAUAUGGGAAAUUCAAGAGCUGAAGGUGCUAAUUAUGAGCCCCUGCAUCAAUCAUCGAAAGCUAUACCCGACAUACCCAUAUCUGUUGUGAAGCCUGGAAUGAUGCCGACCUCCAACCCGACUGAUAUACCUACUGUUGAGCCUGGAAUGCCUACUGUUACUCCUUCAAAGCUUCCGACUAUAUAUCCAACUUCUACUCCUUCAAAAAUUCCCACUCUACAGCCAUCUGUUGAACCUGGAAUGCCUACUGUAACUCCUUCAAAGCUUCCCACUAUAUAUCCAACUACAACUCCUUCAAACAUUCCCACUCUUCAGCCAUCUGUAACACCAUCAUCAGGUCCUUCUAGUCUACCGUCAGCUGUUCCAUCGGUGGCCCCUUCUACGCAAUCAGCAUGGAUUGGCAACAUCAUCGUUGACAUUGCUCGAUUUGGUGGGAGAGAAUUCAGCCAGCUCGAUACUUAUCAACGCAGAGCGAUGGAUUGGAUAAUAGGGAAAGGAUAUGGCAUUGUCAUGGGAGCGUCGGAUGACAUGCCGUUUGAAGAGGUGGUGGUUCAAUUGUACGCUUUGGCAUGUACCUACUAUAGCACAUACAGAGUGCCCAACGAUGUCACCAAUGUCUUGCUCGACACUAAGGAGGCAGUCCGUGGUUGGAAAACUUCGCGUCGCUGGAUGAUGUCCGGGUCCAAUGGCGGAUGUGACUGGUAUGGAGUGACUUGCAACUCUCAAGGAAGAGUGGAAAAGAUCCGGCUGCCCAACAACGGGCUCACUGGUCGCAUUCCUCCCGAACUUGCAUUGCUAAAGGAUUCCCUCCUGUACCUCGAUUUGUGCCAGAACGACAUCCACAAUGUGGGUGAAUCUGGAAACUCCUUCUUGGGCGAAAUGACCAAUCUGCAGUACCUGUACUUGAGUCAGACAUUUUUCGAGAAUGAUGGUAUUCCACCCGAGUUGAAAAAACUUUCCAAUUUGAUCGAGUUGGACAUUUCCUUCACUUCUUGGUUUGGACCAUUGAACUCGAAUCCUUGGUCCGGACUUUUCAAUCUGGAAUACUUGGCCAUGAAUGGCAAUGUAUUCAAAACGGCGUUGCCAGAAGAGCUGAUUCGAUUGCCCAAGUUGGAGUACUUUUACAUGGUCGACAGUUUUUUGACGGGAGACUUGGAAUGGGUGUCUCGCAUGCCAGUCAUUCGCGAGCUAUGGAUUGACAACAAUCCAUUGUCUGGUGUGCAAAUUCCAGACUCGCUGAGCAGGGCUUUCACAUUGGCUAGCUUUUCCGCAGGCAACUGUGGUUUGACUGGGGCCAUUCCAGCUUCCUUGGGAAAUUUGGCGGAACGCAUGACUCACUUGUGGUUGAAUGAUAAUGGAUUGACGAGCAUUCCUGGAGAUCUCUCCAAGCUAGCCAAUCUCCAAACCUUGAGUUUGAAGGGCAAUGAGUUCAAUCGUGCUGGAGUUCCAAGCGAGAUCUGUUUUGACCUUGGACGGUUGCAAAGCAUGGAAGUCGAUGCUUCAGUCCCCUGUGAAUGUUGUACCUGCUGCGGCCAUGACAAUUUCUCGGUUCAAAGGAUCGGCACACGAACAUGGAAACAUCGCAACGAAUAG